AUGGGUGUUGAAAAGACUGUCCUCAAGGCCGGCAACGGCGUUGACUUCCCCCAGAAGGGUGACAACGUUGCCAUGCACUACACUGGCUGUCUGUAUGACGCCAGCGCUGCGGCCAACCACUACAUGGGCCAGAAGUUCGACAGCUCCCGCGACCGCGGCACUCCCCUCGCCAGCCCCAUUGGCGUUGGCCGUCUGAUCAAGGGUUGGGAUGAGGGUGUGCCCCAGAUGAGCCUCGGCGAGCGCGCCAUUCUCGACAUCAGCCCCGGCUUCCCCGGCCUGAUCCCCCCCAACUCCCGCCUGGUCUUCGACGUCGAGCUUGUCAAGAUCAACAACAAGACUGCCUAG